UAUAGCCACUAGCCAGCCACUGAUCGAAGUAGAGAAAAAGAAACGUUUAGCUUUACUCUUCCUCUGAGAGCCUCAGUCCAAACGGAAAGAGAUUCCCCACCAACUCUCACUCUGUCGGCUGCUUUCUUUAAGAGCAUCUCUCUUUGGCCCCAUUUGUAGAUUUGCUGGGCUAGGGUUUUAAAAGACGGCAACCGUUCGAUUGCUUCUCACAAUUCUCAGGUAAAUGGAGGGUUUACAUUUUGAGACGACAAAUCAAGCUCGAUUCGAGAGCACAGGAGUCCGUUGGAUGGAGGAGGAGGUAUUUUUAGAGCAUAAGGACGCUGCUGAUUGGGUGUACAGAGGCGAAGGAGCUGCAAAUCUUGUUCUCGCUUACACCGGAUCCUCUCCCUUCUUUGUGGGGAAAGUAAUGCGGAUACGGAAAGCGGCGAGAAACAAGACGGCGCGCGUGAGGAGUCCGACAGCAUUGAGCACGCACGAACGGCUUCUAUGGAGAGACAUAGACGACAUCGUUUCGUCCCAUAACAAAGAGAUUGCUGCCCAACUCUAUGUGCAGCGCGUCAUGAGCCCGCUCCUGGGUCCCAAACAUGUUGAUGCUGGGAUGCGUGUCCAUGUGUCCAGGGAAUUUCUUGAGUCGGCUGAGAAGAAUGUUAUUUAUCAGCGCCCUGCUUGGCGAGUUGAUGCUGCGAAGGUCGAUAUGCAGUGUGAUUCCACACUUCUCAUAACGGAUCAUUCGCUCUUUGGUGGUCUCAAAGGUGAACCCUGCAUAUCUGUUGAGAUAAAGCCAAAAUGUGGAUUUCUUCCUUUUUCAAAAUUCAUAUCUGAAGGAAAUGCCAUUAAACGGAGCAUAAGUAGAUUCAGAAUGCACCAAACCCUGAAGUUGCGUCAAGGAGAGGUAUCAAAAUUGAGUAAAUACAAUCCCCUCGAUCUAUUCUCUAAGUCCAAGGACAGAAUACAUAAAGCUAUCAGUGAUCUCUUUACCACUCCUCAGAAUAAUUUUCGGGUAUUCUUGAAUGGUUCUCUCAUAUUUGGGGGCUUGGGUGGUGGUGCGGACAGUACUAAUUUUGUGAUUAGUGAAGCAUUUGAAGAUGCACUCAAGUCUGUCAUUAGGGCAGACAAUGGCCUGCGCACAAGGAAUUUUCUACAGCUUGUUUCAGAGACAGUUUAUAAAUCUGGAGUACUGGAUCGGCUUCUUGAGGUCCAGAAGCUUGAUAAUCUUGACAUAGAAGGAGCAGUUCAUGCAUAUUAUGACAUUAUUUCUGAGUCUUGCCCAGUAUGUAGGGAACUGGGUGGAGACGAAGUGUCACACAUAUAUACCUCUUUGCACUCCAUUUCUUUGGAUGAAAGACUGAAGAUUGUAAAGGACUUCUUGACAGCUGCAACUGCAAAGGACUGUAGUCUGAUGGUUAGUUUUAGACCAAGGGAAGACAAGGGUUCAGGAUCUUCAUAUAAUAAAGUAUACCUAGAGUCAGCCAACCAAAAUUUUGAAUACAAGGUAUCCUUCAUUGACCUGGAUUUGAAACCUUUGAAGAAGAUGGAAAAAUAUUAUGAGUUGGACAAGAAGAUAGUGAACUGCUACACUCAGAUGCUGGAAACAGACCAAGAAGUAGAUGAAGCCACAAGCAUGGAGGCUUAUACUACUAUCAAAGAUUCAAUAUAAUGCCCUGGAGGAUUAUUCUCUUUCUGAAGGUUGUAUUGCUGCUUGGCUUAGCUAAGUCAAUUAUUGAGAAUCAAGGGCAUCUUUGUGAUUCUCAUUCACUGCUCGUUGGUUGGCCCACGUCUUUCCCAUAAACAAAGGGGUGUUCAAUUUAUAGGUGUUUGAAGGAGGAGUCUUCGUUGCUUUUCUCGAUGUGGGACAAACAUGUUUUUAACAAAGCAUCUUAACCUCUCUCCAGUGCAAUUCCACCCUCUCCAGAAGCUUACCCAAAGCAUAGGAAUUCUCCAAGACUUGAUGAAACAACAUUACUGGGAAUUAUAUUUGCUUAUUAUUUGCUGGAGUUUGACUCAACUCAAGCCCAACAGCACCGGAUUAGAACAUCGGUGUCUCUUUGGGAGGUUCCAACGUUAUCACAUCAGCAGAAUCUUUAUUUCUUGGUUGUUUGCUUAAAUGAUGGGGAUGAAAGUACCAAGGAAAUGAGGUCAAAAGUGAAGAAAUUUGAGGUGGGUUUUUGGAGAAAUGAAACAGAGGAAGAAAGAGAGGAACAAGAACAAGGAGAAUAGCUCUUCACAGAAAGUGCAUUCGUUGAACACAAGUUCACAAGGAUAAGAAUAUAUAUAUAUAUAGGAGCGGAGGGAGGGGGGUUGAGGAGGUCAAAUGCUCCCCUCAGCCCCCAAAAUUUUCUUUGCCCCCUAUAGAAGUUUACCUACUCCCCUUGUUGCCCACCCUCAAUCAGUUAACGGGGGACAAAAUUUUCACAGUACUGGGAUUCAGUACGUGACAUUUCAAAAUUUUACUUUCUCGAUUCA